UUUUUUUAAAUAGCAUAGUUUUGUAUAUUCAUUGUAAAUAUGUAAAUAACUUUCUAAAUAAACAGCAUUAAUCCGAAUCUUUUAAGUAAGAAUAAUAAAAUAAACUGGACAUAAAGGUUCAACUAUUUAAUUAUGUAAAACCAGCAUUUUAUAUUAUUUAAAUAUAUCACAUUGGUUAUUUGGAAACAUAUUCAUCUUUAUUCGUUCAACGGAACUUAAUAUUGUAAACAUGGAACAUGGAAGGAAGUGAAAAGCAACCAAACAAACGAAUUAUUUGUAACAACCUUGACACUAUCAAGCAAUCAUUUCUUAACCGUCGUUGCUGUUUAGUAUAUAAAAUCAUUGCCACCGAUGAAACGAUAUCAUUCAGCAACAACUUGUCUAAUCCAACAUGAGAAGAAGCCUUCUUGUGGCAUUUGGGCUUCUGGCCAUCGCCGCCGUCAGCUCGGCCAGGGAGAUCCGAGAGAAGCGGUCGGCCGACCUCGAGGCGGCCGCGUCCGGCCACCACUGGGACAAGGGCGGCGGCCACGAGCACCACGGCCACCACCACCACGACCACGGCGGCGAGCACCACAAGGGACACAAGGGCCACCACGAGCACCACCACGGCAAGCACGGCCACCACCACCACGAGGGACACAAGGGACACCACGGCGAGCACGGCGGACACAAGAAGCACCACCACCACGACGACGGCUACCACCACCACCACCACCACGGCGAGAAGGGCGACCACGGCCACGGCCACGAGGAGCACGGCCACUGGCACAAGGGACACGACACCAAGGGACACCACGGCGUCGAGAAGCACGACGAGUUCAAGAAGGACAAGCACUUCCACGACCACCACGGCGAGAAGGGCUUCCAUGAGCACCACGGCGGCCACCACCACGAGGGCGGCUACAAGAAGGGCGGCCACUUCCACAAGGGCCACAAGCACGGCGGACACCACGAGCACCACCACGGCAAGAAGGGACACCACGAGGACGGCGGCCACCACCACCACCACAAGGGACACCACGGCGAGGGCGGCCACCACGAGCACCACCACCACCACCACGACCAUGACCACAAGGGCGGCCAUGAGGACCACAAGCAUUGGGGACACAAGAAGGGGCACUAAGCUCUUGCUGAAUGUACCUGAACUGAUAAUUGUUGAUAUGUUGCUCAAAUGCGUUUUUGUUAUGUUCUUACGCCAAAGAAUUAAAUUUUAUACAAAGUAAU